AUGCAGGAGAUAAUCAACGCGUAUAACCCGAACCAUCCGGAUUACAAGUUCCGCACUUACUUUUACAACGUCGUGAAGGAUCCGCGCAUGCGCGUCAAGCCGCAAAACGUAAGCGAGCGCAAAUGGCGCGAACUCUUGGAUGCAGUCGGGGGGGAGAACAAUCCCGAUUGCUUGUGGCCGGUCCAAUACGAUGGUUUUGAGGGGUUGAUGCGGCGUAAGACAGAGGCGUCGACAGAGAUCAAGGCGCAGGAAGAGUUCGUGCAAGCCGUCGAAACGGCGACGAGACAAAUCAUGCAGUGGGCCAAUACAGAGAUGACCAGACGCAUGCAGAACAUCAAGAAUAAAGCUAUGGAGCAUCAGCACAGACUGAUCAAGGUUUUCCGCGCGAUAAACCAACAGCAGAUGAAGAGCUAUGCGGACGCUAACGGUGGGGCGACGCCGCCAGUUUCCGCAGAGGAAAUCGAGCUCCUGAACAGAUUCAAGGAUCUCAGCAAGCGCGUGAACCGUUCUGCCGCGUCACUUCCGCGACGCGCCGAGGCCCUAGCCGCGGCUGCACGCCUGCGGCAAGACAUUGCUCCCGCCGACGAGAUCCAAAUAUCCGACGAAGAGAAGAACAGAAUUAUGGACGUCAUCGAAAAGCAGCGAGCGCAAAUCGACGACAUUGAGCGUCAAAUAGAGGAGCGUUUCGCCAAGCGCGAGGAGCUCCGCGCGAGGCGCGACGCCGAACGGAAUGACGCCGCACAACGCCAUUCAUCCCCGCUCUCGUCGUACGCUCUCGCCCCAGCAUCGUCGCUCUUCUCGCAGCCAUCGCUCAGGCGAUGA